UAUUUCACAGGAAAACAAUGGGGUGAUGCUGGACCCAUACACCUUGACAGAGCUGACAGACGAGGAAACAAAAACUUCCGGGAGUGACGUCACUGCAGGAAAUCUUUCAAAAUAAAAGCCUCAAUUGCCUUUACAGUAAAAGCCGGAAAACUAAAUAAAAGCUCCCCGUUCACUUUGGACAGCCCUUGUGGUAAAAGCAGCAAGAGCUAGUGAGUCUUCUGGAUAUUAACGUAAUUAUUUUUAACACCUUAAACACAGAUAUUCCUUAUUAUCACCACUAUAAACCCAACCUUCUAGUGCAACCUUUCACUUUUUGUGAUGUGCUCAGCUGCUAGCUAAAUAGCCAGCUAGCCAGUUAGUGCAAAAACAAACAAAAAACCCCAAAACACAAGUGAGUUGUUAAGUAACAUUCCUUACUUUUUGUUUUAAAAGUCACUAUUGUGUCAGUAUAGUUGUGGUUUAUACAAAGACAAAGCUUUGCGUUAGUAUUGGUUAUUAGUACCUUUUUGCCUUAUUUCUUUUCUAAUAUAUACACAAUUUUGCUGUUUGCUUUGACUGUGACGUUUUAUUAAGCUUUGGACCCCUGAGGCAGAGGCAGGAAGCUGAUGUAGCAGUUCCAGCUUUUUAAUAAGGAAAAUGCAAAUAUACUUGUCCAUAAAGACAAGACGAUGGUGCAGGUCAGGGGUGUCAAACUCAUGCCAUGGAGGGCCGAGACACUCCAGGUUUUCUUUCCAGCUGGUUACUAAAGCAGGUGAUUUUAAUGAUUAACCCUCCUUUGGUUUGAGGGAAGGAGCUGUCAAUUAAAUCACCUGCUGGAGAAACUGGUUGGAAAGAAAACCUGCAGUUCUCCAGCCCUCUGUGGACACAUGUGGUGCAGGCAAAAGAGAACUGAGAUAGACACAGGCAAUAAAAACUAGCAGAACUGGCUGGAUGGCAAGGACGCAAAUGUACUCAACUGGCAAAAAAACACUAGCAGGCAUCCGAAACAAAGAACCAGCAAGGCUCAGCUGCAAGCAGUCAGCUUAAGUGGGGAGAAGCGCAAUCAUCCUCGGGUGUGGCCGGUCUUCUCACCUCCAGCCCACUCAAGGAACUCUGCAAGAAUAACAGAAAACACAGGCCAGGAGACAACAGGGACCAGAACAAACCGGCGGUCCCCAACCUUCUCAGCCUAUGGGUGAGCUUGUUUUUGCCAAACCUGCUGACUGACUGAGUCAGAGAGAGUGCAAACCAAAAGCGGUUCUCAUGGCUCAGGAGAAGAUUGCACAGACGCCAGACAUCAAAUGUCAAGAGGACCAGGAGAGACUCUACUUAACGACUCUUCAGUUGUCCACUGAGGCCAAGCUGCUGAUGAAAGAGAUAGAUGAGCUGUUGCAGCAGUGUACACCAUCCAGACCAUCUUACCGAAGAAACAGCAGAGUGGUUCAGCAGGAGGUUCAGGCCUGCACAGUGGAUGGCGAGACCUUGGUCAUUGAAGGGUUCAGAUUUGAGACUGCAACCACCAGGGAGGACUUGGGGAGGUUGAGGUCACAGACGCAGAGUGGCAGUUGCCAAGGAGACGCUUGAUUGAUGUCUACAUCAGUCAUUUCACAACAGGAGGUCAGCAAGGUCAAAUAGUCCGAACAGAGGUACAGGAAAGUGCCGAUUCAUGCUGGAGUUCCUCGUACCUUCCAAACUUCCAGUGUUGCUGUGACCUUGAGCGGCGCGGCACAGAGCAAGUGAGUGACUGAGGAAAUGGGGAACACAGUGAGGGAGAACGUGAGAGACUCCAGCCUGCUUCUAAACAGAGGAUCUGCCAAAGUCAAGCUUGCCUUCUCGCCGAUCCUGCACGUUAUGGCUGAUCUUCUUCAUAACCUUCCCAUUUCCUCUCUCAUUCUGCAGCAUCAUCAUGUUUGGUUGUGCCGACACAUCCACUCUUCAGGACCGACCACUCCCGCUGUUCUAUAGUUCCAUGAAAAAACAAGGAGAGGAGGAGGAGAGGAGGAGGAGGAGGAGGAGGAGGAGGAGGGAGGAGCGUAGCCACGCUGAAGCUGAGCCCCUCUGUCUGAGCCCAGAGUGGAGCAGCAGACGGCAGCGGCCACACAAACACUCUCCCACUUCCACACACAGACACUGACGGCUGCCAGACGCAGUGGGAAGCAAAGCCGUCGGAGAAGAACGAGUGAUCGCAGAGUGGAGGAGGAGAAGAAAAGGGAGUUGGAGGAGGCACCUUGUGGAUCAGAGGGGGAUUUUCCUCAGCACGUCCGGAUCUCACACCCGCUUCUUCCUGAGUGAGAGGAGUUGUUCACCAAAGCUUUUUUUCUUCUGCUCAUCCUCCACUUCGGACUCCAGCGUUAUCUACCUAUCUAUUCCCGGAGGUUAACAAAAGAGGGAGGGAGUGAGAGCGAGGAGAAAAAAAAAAAAAAGGCAGUCACAGCUUCAGACUGCUCCAGACCACCCUCCCUCAUCCGACUCCCCCUCCCGCUCUUCCCUCCAGCUCCACAUCCAUGUGUGAGUUCAUCACUGCCCUCGGAGGAUAGAACACAGAAGAGUGCGUGUGUUCUCGCGGAUACGGAAGAGGCUUUUGGUGGGAUCAGGGUCUUGCCUGGUGUGAGGGUUGGGAGCAGAAGGGAAACGGAGGAGGAAGAGACCAGGAGCGACAGGAGAGAGACGGCAGGAAGGCAAACUGAGGGGUAUGUGCAGGGCAGCAGUGAGGAGGCUCCAGUGAGUGUGCUUUUUAGAGCCGAGACUGUGAGGAACCGGCAACCAGAUCCCAUCCAUUCCUCCCACCUCCUCCUCAUCGCUCUCCUCCUCUUCCCCCUCCUUUACACUCUCUCUGUCCUGCUGUCCGAUCCCUCCUAUUGUUUCCUGUAUUGCCUCUUAGUAUCCACUCAUAUCUUUUUUUCUUCUCACCCUCUCCUGCCCUCUAUUUAAACCCUUUAUCGUCGCCACUGGAUUCUAUCCGUCUGCUGAUACCAAGAGGAGGACUUUUUUUUUUUUUUGCCCUGUGCUCUGAGGCAAGUAGACGGACUGAAAUUCCGAGUGUCACACAGAAGACUGCUUUCUUUCUCCCCGCAUCCCGACUUCACCGAGACAGCCGUGUGAAAGGAUCCAGGCGACCACCUCGGCGAGGUUGCACCCCAACGGCGAGUUUCUAUCUCCAGCCUCCAGGACCUCCGGUUGGAUUCCAGCUACAUGGGCAAGCGUUUGGAGCAGCAGCAAAUGUACCCCCAGUACACCUACUACUACCCCCACUACCUCCAAACCAAGCAGUCCUAUGCUCCUCCCCCUCCGCCCAUGGCUCCGCCCAGCCCCAGCACCACAGGAGGAGGAGGAGGCGGCGGGGGUCAAGGAGGAGGUUUGGUGGAGCAACUAAGUAAGACCAACCUUUACAUAAGAGGCUUGCCACCAGCCACCACCGACCAAGACCUCAUCAAACUCUGCCAGCCAUACGGGAAAAUAGUUUCUACAAAGGCCAUCCUGGACAAGAACACCAAUCAGUGUAAAGGCUAUGGCUUUGUGGACUUUGACAGCCCCGCAGCUGCCCAGAAAGCCGUGGCUUCGCUCAAAGCCAGUGGGGUCCAGGCACAGAUGGCAAAGCAACAGGAACAGGACCCAACCAACCUUUACAUCUCCAACCUGCCGGUGUCCAUGGAUGAGCAGGAGCUGGAGAACAUGCUGAAGCCUUUCGGUCAUGUUAUUUCUACCCGGAUACUGAGGGACGCUAACGGACUGAGCAGAGGGGUUGGAUUUGCCAGGAUGGAGUCUACAGAAAAGUGUGAUGUGGUUAUUCAAAAUUUCAAUGGAAAAUUCUUGAAAACUCCUCCAGGCAUGACAGCCCCUGCAGAGCCGUUGCUGUGCAAGUUUGCUGAUGGAGGCCAGAAAAAAAGACAGACCCAGAUCAAAUAUCCCCAGAAUGGCCGACCAUGGACGCGGGAUGGAGAGAGUGGUAUGGCGCUAACAUAUGAUCCCACCUCGAUGCAAAAUGGGUUCUACUCAUCACCGUACAGCAUCUCCACCAAUCGGAUGAUCGCACAGACGUCAAUCACACCCUUCAUUGCCGCCUCUCCUGUUUCCACGUAUCAGGUCCAGAGUACAUCUUGGAUGCCACAUCAACCGUAUGUUAUGCAACCUACAGGUGCUGUGAUCGCCCCGUCUGCAGCCAUAGAGCCCAGUUUGUCACUCCACCCCUCCGGUGUCAUGGCACCCCUCACCCAACAGAUGAAUCACCUGUCCUUGGGCACUACAGGCACUUACAUGCCUGCUGCAGCAGCUGCUCCUAUGCAAGGAACCUACAUUCCCCAGUACACUGCAGUGCCUGCUUCUGCCAUCACAGUGGAAGGUGUGGUGACGGACUCGUCUCCACAGACGGCUGCCCCUUCUUUGCAGGACGCCAGCGGGCAGCAGCCUUUGUCUGUGGAGAACACAGGAGAGCAUGGCACUGCCUACUCUUACCAGCAGACUAAAUAAGAAGAGUCGCUGCUGCGUUGCCUUGUCAGGGACUGCACUGACAGAAAGACCCAAACCAGGAUCAUGUAAGGUCACACGGACAUCUUAAAGGGACAGAAGCAUUCCGCUGUGCUGAGGCAGCAAAUAAAAACGAAAUGAGGGGGGAAACAAAUCAACUUUUUUUAAAACCCGGUGGAACGGAGGAAAGGACAAAGGAGACGAUGGCGUUCCCAACGCGAGGACAGUGACACCAAAUUCUUUUGACUUGUUGACUUCUCCAGUGAGACUGGACUUUGCCUCCGAAGGAGUAAAAAAAAAACAAAAAUAAGACAAAGACUGAAACGUCAACCAACGAGCUGUACAGAAAAAAGAACAUUUGAAUGUGCAGGUAGAUUUUCAGACUUUUGUAUUUGGAAAAAAAGGAAGUCAAGACAAACUCGAUUGUCUUCCUUUGAUAUUAAGCUCCAUCAUUUUCAUCCUUUUUAUCAUUUGACUAGUUUUCUAGGAGGUCCGCGUUUCCGUAACUCUUUCUUGCCUUAAUUUUCUCCAAGUGUCGACCUAUUGAAGCGGUGAGUGGACGGGCUGAGAGAUUCAACUGUACAGGAAGUUGGAAGAUGAUUGUAACCGGCGUGACGACGCAGUUCAUGUUGAAGCCGUUGGUUGCUCCAUUGUAUUUCUAUUUUUUUUGUCUGCUUUACUCGUCUGACCGCAAAAGCUAAAAGGAGUAACGUUUAUGGCUUUGACUCAAAAGCAGGAACAAUUUUGAAACGUGCAAAAGCAAUAGUUUUAGUCUUUCGUAAAUGUUGAACAAAGGCAGCCUGAAGGUGGCAGAUUUUAUACCAAAGACGAAGAAAAUAGCUGGAGAAGAUUUCUUCCUUUUGUUGCUUUUUCUUGAUUUUUCUACCACUGAAACUGAUUUUGUUGUCGCUGACGGUGUGGAGGAGCUUUUCUUUUCUCCUCCGGUUGCUCGGAAUGACGCUUGGUGUCAAACUGGCCAACUAAUAAGCUCGUCAAAGCUGAAUCAGAAGAAGAUGUGUGACCUGCGGGAUGCUGGGAGCUGCUGCUGGUUCAUCAACAGUAUAUCACACCAUGACAAGGUGCGUUCGGGUGUCCGUACACACCAAAUGCACACACUGUAAGACUGUAAAUGCCAGCCAAAAUACUUGCACAGCUCUUCUUCAAGGCGUCCGAGUCCGAUGCAAGCAGAGUCAUGAAAGGAAAGGGCAUUUCUGGACGGAACCAUUUAAGCUUAUGUACAUUAUCUAUAGGUUUUAUAUCUUUUUUUUAAACUGUGUGUUUUUUAAAAACUCCAUGUAUGAGCUGCUAAAUACUAUUUCAGUAUUGGUGGGUGUGGAAAAAGCUGCACGUUCACAAUGCCACUCGAAUUGAAUUCAGCCGGGAUGAAUCCUCUCUUUAGAUUUCAAAAAAAUCAAAUGAUAUCCAAAGUGUUGCCAGUUGCAGCACUGAAAGAUGGAUGAAGUAUUGGAGUACCGAUAGAGUAGAAAACAGAGCGUGCAGGUCUUGGGGCCACACCCUCCACUAACACAAACAGGGGAAAAGAUUGAAAGAAAAGAUGAUUGAACCAAAACAAGCAGAUACAAACCUCUAUCAGACAUUUGAAGGCAGAGAGAGCUAAAGUUUGUCAUAUUUAUGAGAUGAGUUUUUGUACAGGUGUGGAAAAGAAAAUGCAACAGACGGAAAAAAAAAAAAACAUUGAUGAUGCUAUUUUUUUAUUUGCUUGGUCACAUGCCCUCCAUGUCUUUUCAAUUGUGAUCCUGAGCGUGUCUGUAGAGCCAGUGGAUGUUGAUGUAGUUUCAAAUGUCUCUUUUGGGUUCAUUUUUUUCCUUUCUAGACAAAUCUUUCAAUAAAAAAUGACUAAGUCUUC